AGACACAGUCACUAACACGCUAAGCCCUGAAAGAUACACACGCCCCAAAGCAGCAGGUUGCAGUCAUGAAGGUGUUUGUGUUGCUAAUCGCUGCAGUGCUCUCUGGCUGCAAUGCCAACCUCUUCUACGCUGAUGCACCAAAGCCAAAGUUAGAAGUGUUGACUGAUGCUUUCUGGGACUACAUUGCCAAGGCCACACAAACAGCUGAUGAUACUCUGGAGAUGAUUAGGAGCUCACCAAUUGGACAGGAAGUUAAUGCCCGCUUGACAGAGAGCGCUGACUUAGCCAGCAAGUAUGCUGUGACCCUGCAGGAGCAGCUUUCCCCCGCAGCCGAGGACCUGAUGAACAAGAUAACCACAGAGGCUGACAUGCUGAAAAGUGUGCUGACCCAAGAGCUCAGCUCCGUCAGAGACAAACUGGAGCCCUACACCGAGAACAUGAAGGCCCAGAUCCAGCAGAGGGUCGAGCAGCUCAAGCAGGAGCUGGCCCCCUACGCGGACUCGCUGGACUCCGAGGCGCUGAGGUCCACCUUGAUUCAAAAGAGCGAAGAGCUGAAGACCAACCUGGAGCAGAGCGUGAAGGACCUGCAGGCUCAGCUGGGGCCCUACACAGAUGACCUGAAGCAGAAGGUGGACCGGCACCUGGAAGCGUUCCAGAAGAGCGUAGCCCCCGUGACCGAGAAGGUCCAGGUAGAGCUGACCCAGAGAGCCAGUCUGGUGAAGCAAAUUGUGGCUCCCUAUGCUGAGGACCUGAGGGACAAACUGGACCCCUACGCCCAAGACCUCCAGUCCCAGCUCAUGUCUCUCUACCAGUCGUUCAUCGAAGCCAACUAAGUCGUCUUCAACCUCUGCAGACAUAAACACAAUCCUGAAAAAGCGUUCCACCACCAGCCAUAUGGAGGAUGAACAAUGAAAUGCCAAUGUUGCACUGUAAAUGAGACCAAACAGUUUGAAUAUCCAUGUUAUAUUUAUUGCUGAGUCCUGAAAAAACAAGCCAGAUC